AGCUAUUGCUACAUAACAAAAAAGCAGACGCGCUUGGCAAGUUUCGUUUUUUCGAGUUGUUAAUGUUGGCGAAAAACAAAUUGGUUUUGUGCGCAAAUAAAUAAAGACUGCAAUUCUGUGGUGCAAACAAUAUCAUUCCCGGCAAUUUGGCGCGUUUUGUGAGUCAGUGUUUUUGUUUGGUUGUUCGCUUCAGUAAUCUCCCAAAGCGUUGCACAUUUCCCUUGCAUUGAAAGAAAACCAAUACACACAAGAAAUUUUGGAAAUUAAUGCGUCCAUCAUGGAUUUAGCAAACUUGGACAAGAUGAAGGUGGUCGAUUUGCGAAAUGAAUUGCAAUCGCGUGGCCUGGAUACCAAAGGAGUUAAAGCGGUAUUAGUGGAGCGUCUACGGGCCCAUUUGGAAGGCGAUGUUCCUCCUUCUCCUGGUACGCCUGGACGUCGUAGUCGCCGCACGAGAUCAAUGACUAGAUCUCCGUCCCCUUCACCAGUUAAGAAAAAUGCAGAUGUUCUUGAGACCGUAGAGGAAGAGGUUCCCGUCGCUGAAGAGGCGAAAGAAAAGCCGGACACACCGCCGGAGAAAGAUAUCGACAGUCGGGAAGAAAUAACUCCUGAAAAAGAAGAUGCUGAAACGCACGAUGCAGAGGACGAGGCGUUACAUGAAAAAUCAGUCGAAGAACCUGAAGAUAAAACAACAAAUGGAUCGAAUGAUUCUGAAACAAAGAGGUCAGUAGAUGAAAUAAGGACCGAAAAGGAAAAGGAAAACGAUGAAGUCGACCAGGAACAGCAAAAGGUUGGAAACAAAAAUGAAGACCCUCCUCAAGAAAAAGACCAGAUGGAAACAGAUGAACAUGCACCUGUUUCUAAGAAUGAAGAUCACGAAAAGGAUAGGAAAGAAAGGUCCCCCUCAAGAGAUAAAGAUUCCCGUUAUUCAAGAUCUCGUUCACGAUCUAAGACUCGAUCUCCUACACGAUCCCGUUCACCAAAGUCUCGUAGUGUUGGCGGUCCUAAUAGUCCAAAAACAACUGAAGACACAUCAACUCCAGAAGACGAGCCCACAAUUGAGGACAAGCAAUUUGGUUUAAGCUGGUACGAUUCUGAUUUACAUCUACGCAUUGAUCCCGUCACUUUUACAUCGGCCAAGCCCAUCAAUCACGAUAUAUACGCGUUAGUUUGGUCUGGGGCUCGAACAAAUUACGGCGUACGAGAAGGUAAAGUCUGUUUCGAAGUUCGCUUAUCGGAAGAAUCGAACAUAGGGCGAGACCAUACAUUCCGUGACGAGCCUCACACAAAAGGCUUCCGUGUUGGUUUCUCAAUGCCUUCAUCUAGCCUUCUCCUCGGCGAAUCAGAAAACUCGUUUGCUUAUUGCGAAUCAGGCCGGAAGGCAACAAAGGGAGAGUUUGUCGAAUUUGCCCAACCUUACCAACUAGACGAUGUCAUUGGGUGUUAUUUGGAUUUGGAGAGCACGCCAUGUACCAUAAAAUAUACAUUGAACGGUGAAGAUUUAGGUGUCGCCUUCGAAUUUGACAAGGAAAUACUGGGCGAUGACAAUGCAUUGUUCCCACACAUUCUAACCAAGGGCUAUGAGUAUCAAGUCAAUUUUGCUGAUAACGAUAAUCUUUUGGUUAAUUUGGAACGCAAAGUGCGAAAAAGGCGUAAACCAAAGAAAAUCGAAGAGAAGAAAAUUGAAAAUAAAUCCGAGUCCGACAGUCCAAGUAAAUGCAAAAAAUCGGAAAACGCCGAUGAGGAGGACUGGGAUAAUGAAAAGCCUAGCGGAGGUGAAGAAAAACCAGAAAGCGAAGAAGGAAAAGAUAAUGGAGAUGAAACAGAAGCCAGCAAAGAUAAUAAAGAAGAGAAAUCAGAAGAAAAUAAAGACGAGGAAGAUAAAGCUCAAGAAGAUAAAAAGACGGAAAGUAAAGAAAUAGUCCCAGAGGAUGUCGAGAUGAAAACAUCUACAGAAUCUGAAGCUAAAGAAGAAGAUAAGGAUAAAAGCGAAACAUCUACUGAAGACACGAAGAAGGAGAACACGGAACAGGCGAAAGUCGACAACAGUAACAAAGAAGAUGAUAGCGGUCCUUCGCCAUCCAAACGCAAGAAAUUGGACGUAGCCGAAGAAGAAGAUGAAUACGAAGAGGUUCACCCCAUACCCCGCGAAACUAUGACACUCCUCGAUGGUUAUGAACUGAUUGCUCUGAUUCCAGAAGAGAAAUACAUUGCCGGGCCACAAAGACCCGAAAGUCGAAAGGAUUGUGAAGUUAUUCUGAUGGUUGGAUUACCAGGUUCCGGUAAAACAACUUGGGUUUUGAAGCACAUCGAAGAAAACCCAGAAAAGCGUUAUUACGUUAUUGGAGCCGAUGCUCUGAUUUCUAAAAUGACGGUGGACGGAGAGUCUCGCAAAACUGUACAUAAAGGCCGCUUCGACCGCAUUUAUGAACUUUGUUUCAAUGUAUUAACGUCAUUGGAGGACAUCGCCAUAAAACGUCGACGAAACUUCAUCCUCGACCAGGGGAAUGCAUAUGCCUCUGUUCAGCGACGUAAAAUGAAAGGCUUUGGAGAUUUUAAACGUAAAGCUGUUGUUUGCAUUCCCAAUGAAGAUGAAUUGAAACGUCGUCAGGAGGAAAAGAAGGAAAAAGGACAUACAUACACAUUGAGAGAAUCGACUCUGCACAGUUUCCAAGCUAACUUCACAUUACCCUCCUUGGAGUUUGGUUGGUUCGACGAUAUUAUAUUCACCGACUUGAGUGGCGACGAAGCCAAAGAAGAAGUAAAGAAAUACAACGAGAAGGGCAAGAAAGCUUCCAACAGAGAUAAACGACAGCGUCGAGAUAAUUACGGAAAUGACAACCGUCGACGCUACGAUGAUCGUCGUCGCUACGAUAACCGCAAUGAGAAUCGCUGGAAUGACCGACGUGCUGGUGGCGGAGGUGGAGGAAGCGGUGGCUAUGGUAAUAGAGGAUACAAUGGCGGAAAUAGGGGAUAUGGAGGCGGGGGUGGCAGUGGCGGUGGUUACCGCGACGAUAGAGGUUAUGGAGCUGGAGGAGGAAAUCGUGGCUACGACCAACGUCGCUACAGUGCUGGCCCACAGAAUUGGGUGCAAAACAACAGAAAUCGCUACGACGACCGCAAUUCCAAUCGAUACAGCACCGGGGGCAGUGGAAACCGCUAUGAUUCAUAUGGAGGUACUGGGUCCCGCGAUUAUCGUAGUAGUGGCGAAAAUCGAGACUACAGAGAUAGGAAUCGAGGUGCUGGGGGAGGUAGUGGUGGACGUCGAGAUGGACACCGCUCGGGAGGUAGUAGUAAUAAUCAGCGGGAUUUUCGGCAUGGCCACCGCGGCGAAGAUAGUCGCGGUGGCUCAGGCAAAGCCGCACCUACUUCAUCUAAUUACAAGACCAGUGCGGCAGGGGGAGGAUCUACUUCAUCUUACGAAAAGUACAACAAAAAUAAUUCACAAGCUCCAGCAAAAUACAACACACAGCAGCAGCACCAAACCCAGGCCCAGAACUGGCAACAAUAUAAUCAACAACAAACCAGUGCAGUUGGACAACAACAGCAGCAGCAAUAUUGGAAUUACGAUAUGCAAGGUUACACCAACAACCAGCAGUGGCAAUCAAUGGACCCUCAGCAGCAACAGCAGUGGAUGUCCUGGUGGCAGCAACAAGGUGGCUCGGGGAACAAUGCAACUUCCGAUCCCAAUCAGUACUGGUCUCAAUACUGUUACACAACCCCAGAAGCUGCAACUAAUCCAAGUAACAAAUAAUGGCGCAAACAGCAGGAUUCUUUGUUAAUUAAAACAACACAAGUACAAUAUUUCUAUCAAAAUAAAAUUUCCCAAAUCAAUAGCACCGGAGAAAAAUCGGCAUAUUCGUAUGAAGUCUAGAGUAUAUUAUUUUAGUCGUAUAAAAGCUAUUCGUUCUUUCACUAUGUUAAGCAAACUUUUUUUAUUCCUCAGCGUUUUGUUUUUGAUUCUUUUUUAGAAAUUCUGUUAUAGAAAUUUGUUUUUUUUUUUUUUUUUUUUUUUUUUCAAAAAGAAUAUUUUCCCUUUAUUAGACUUUUGUGUUUAUACAACCUAUAUGUUGUCUAUCUUGAGCAACUUGAAUAAAAUAGUAAUAAAAGA